UAAGGUAAGGAGGCAGGGACGUGUCCAAACAUGGGUGGAGAAUGCGAGCAGGUAAACGCUUUGCGCACAGUCCCUUCAUGAGACACAACUUCACACUGUGUACCUGCUGAGUACUUACACAGAUCUCUGCAGGGAGUCACACUGUUGCUCUGUUGCUGUAGGAGAUGAGUCUUUCCACCAUGGAAACACAAACAGAAAAACAAAGGCCUCAUAACGGCCAGUUGAUCUAUGUGCCUCACAAGGAUACAAUCCGCCUGCUGGAGACAUACGUCCAGCGCAGCCUCAGCUUAAAUGACGGGACACUGGGGCACAGGAGGGCUGAGAGGAAAGAAAAGUGGGUGACAAUGCCAAGGAAGCUUAGACGACGCUCCAGCGACCCUUCCUCUUACCUGGUCGAUGGAUUAAAAGACGAUGGGGAAAUUGGUAAAUUUUAUCCAGCUGAAACCCUCGUAGUUGAGCCCGAGAAACCUCAGAGGGAAAUCGAGAAACCCACCAAAAAGUCUAAGAAGAACAAGAAGCCAUCAUUCUGGAAAAGCUUCCUUGGUUUAUUCUCUCGAAAGAAUAGUGAGGAUAACGAUGAAGAGGACAGUCCACCAGAAAUACCAGAGGCCUCUGACACUGUGACCCCCAGCCAGCCAACUACUCCAGUCAGUUCACCAAAAAGAAAGUCCAUGAGGAGGAAAUCGUUAAAGAGAAGGUUCUCCAAAAGGCGGAUAUCUCUGAAUAAAUCAAAUAGAAUUGUUCAACUCAACUCUGCUGACAUCACUCGAGUUGAAUCUUUUGUCAGCGUGGAACCAACACCACAUUACUACGAGAAGGUGUCAGAGGAAUUUGAAAAAAUUAUCCACGAGGUCCAAGAAAAAGAGGAAGUUAAACCUCUGUCUGAUGAGGAAGUAAUCAACAGGAUCAUUGCAUUGACAAAAGAGGAGGGUGAUGCCAUAGAUGACAAGCUGAAAGACAACCCCACCCUGAGCAGCUUCUUCCAGGGGAUGUCGUACUCUUCCUUCCAGAAGUUGGCUGAUGCGUAUCUGGAGACGGAGGCGUUGCCGACCCACAAUCCUCCCACCGUCCUCCCCACAGCACCUGAGCUUGUUAAGUUGGCCUUCACACUCGACUUUACAGCCAGGAUAGUCGGGCUCUCCAAACAAAAUAUAGGUCACAUCACCGGUCUGGGGAACCGUUACCUUCAGGACCGAUUCGAAUACCAACAGGCAUGUUCGGAUCAUCCAGUGUCGGACUAUGAUGACUGAGAAACAUUGCUGCAAGGGAAGCGUUCAACUUCUCUCAGUGCCACAGAUGUGGUGAAAGAUGAUGUCGCAAGUUGAAUUUCCCCUUUUAAGAACACAAUGGGCUACCUAAAAGACAUUUUAAGCUUUCAAACCACACAUAGUUUGUGGGAAUGGUCUGCUUUGUGAGAAAAAAACACAUGUUCUUCUGCUGUGCCAGGAUGUUAUGUGAAAAACCAGUUGAAUGGCUUGGGAAAGAGCAAUGUGCACUUUUAAAAUUGAAAGGAAAAAUAACUUAAAACGUACGGACUCCUAGAACAUGUAGCAAUGUUUUAGAAUCCCAAAUGGCUCAUUCUACAAAAACACUCAAAUGUGAUGCUCUUUUUUACAAGUCCACCAUUGAGUUGUAUACUUUCUGUACAUUAAUGUGUAAUUAUGAGCAAUGUAAUAACUGUUGUAAGCUAGACACUGUGCAAUAUUUUUGUAGAAUUUUUAAUUGAGCUUUAUCUACAACUACACUGAAAUGUGACAUUUACAUAAUUUAUACAAUGUUUGCAAAUAUGAAUGCUGGCAUUCAUAUAACCUACUCAAAUUAAAAACAUAUUUAAUGAAAUGCUUA